AGGGCGGACCCGCCGGGGAUCGAGGCCUGCCCCUCCGAGAGCUCCUGGCGCGGCCGUCCCGGCCCGGGGCCCCAGGUGCGCUUCGCCUAGAGAGGGAUUUUCCGGUCUCGUGGACAGAGGAACAACCAGGAACUCGGGCUCAGUCUCCACCCCAAAGUGGGGCGGAUCCGUCCCGGAUAAGACCCGCUGUCUGGCCCUGAGCAGGGUGUGACCUCCGCAGCCGCAGAGGAGGAGCGCAGCCCGGCCUCGCCAUAGCUCCAGACAUUGUGUCCUGACAUCAUCCAGGGCCAGGAGAAAGGGGGAAUUUGGCUGGCUGACUCUGUCUUUUUCGCCUGGAGGAACUCCAAAGCAUCUUAGCAGAAGAACUUCUGCUUGAGUGGCUGAACUCUGAUCUUGACCUAGAGUCAUGGCCAUGGCAACCAAAGGAGGUACUGUCAAAGCUGCUUCAGGAUUCAACGCCAUGGAAGAUGCCCAGACCCUGAGGAAGGCCAUGAAAGGGCUCGGCACCGAUGAAGACGCCAUUAUUAGCGUCCUUGCCUACCGCAACACUGCCCAGCGUCAGGAGAUCAGGACGGCCUACAAGAGCUCCAUCGGCAGGGACUUGAUAGACGACCUGAAGUCAGAACUGAGUGGCAACUUCGAGCAGGUGAUUGUGGGGAUGAUGACGCCCACAGUGCUGUAUGACGUGCAAGAGCUGCGAAGGGCCAUGAAGGGAGCCGGCACUGAUGAGGGCUGCCUAAUUGAGAUCCUGGCCUCGCGGACCCCUGAGGAGAUCCGGCGCAUAAGCCAAACCUACCAGCAGCAAUAUGGACGGAGCCUUGAAGAUGACAUUCGCUCUGACACAUCGUUCAUGUUCCAGCGAGUGCUGGUGUCUCUGUCAGCUGGUGGGAGGGAUGAAGGAAAUUAUCUGGACGAUGCUCUCAUGAGACAGGAUGCCCAGGACCUAUAUGAGGCUGGAGAGAAGAAAUGGGGGACAGAUGAGGUGAAAUUUCUAACUGUUCUCUGUUCCCGGAACCGAAAUCACCUAUUGCAUGUGUUUGAUGAAUACAAAAGGAUAUCACAGAAGGAUAUUGAACAGAGUAUUAAAUCUGAAACAUCUGGUAGCUUUGAAGAUGCUCUGCUGGCUAUAGUAAAGUGCAUGAGGAACAAAUCUGCAUAUUUUGCUGAAAAGCUCUAUAAAUCGAUGAAGGGCUUGGGCACCGAUGAUAACACCCUCAUCAGAGUGAUGGUUUCUCGAGCAGAAAUUGACAUGUUGGAUAUCCGGGCACACUUCAAGAGACUCUAUGGAAAGUCUCUGUACUCGUUCAUCAAGGGUGACACAUCCGGAGACUACAGGAAAGUACUGCUUGUUCUCUGUGGAGGAGAUGAUUAAAAUAAAAAUCCCAGAAGGACAGGAGGAUUCUCAACACUUUGAAUUUUUUUAACUUCAUUUUUCUACACUGCUAUUAUCAUUAUCUCAGAAUGCUUAUUUCCAAUUAAAACGCCUACAGCUGCCUCCUAGGAUAUAGACUGUCUGUAUUAUUAUUCACCUAUAAUUAGUCAUUAUGAUGCUCCAAAGCUGUACUUGCAUUUCAAAGCUUAUAAGACAUAAAUGGAGAUUUAAAAAUAGAAAUAAAAAUGUAUUGUAUGUUUUUAAAAGAUUACCUUCUACUUUGUGUUUCACAGACAUUGAAUAUAUUAAAUUAUUCCAUAUUUUAUUUUCAGUGAAACAUUUUUUAAAUGGAAGACUGUUCUAAAAUCACUUUUUUCCCUAAUCCAAUUUUUAGAGUGGCUAGUAGUUUCUUCAUUUGAAAUUGUAAGCAUCCGGUUAGUAAGAAUGCCCAUCCAGUUUUCUAUAUUUCAUAGUCAAAGACUUGAAAGCAUCUACAAAUCUCUUUUCUUAGGUUUUGUCCAUAGCAUUAGUUGAUCCUUACUAAGUUUUUCAUGGGAGACUUCCUUCAUCACAUCUUAUGUUGAAAUCACUUUCUGUAGUCAAAGUAUACCAAAACCAAUUUAUCUGAACAAACUAAAUUCUAAAGUAUGGUUAUACAAACCAUAUACAUCUGGUUACCAAACAUAAAUGCCAAACAUUCCAUAUUAUUAUAGUUAAUGUCUUAAUCCAGCUUGCAAGUGAAUGGAAAAAAAAAUAAGCUUCAAACUAGGUAUUCUGGGAAUGAUGUAAUGCUCUGAAUUUAGUUUGAUAUAAAGAAAACUUUUUUGUGCUAAAAAUACUUUUAAAAAUCUUUUUCAAUUUUGUUGAUUGUAGUGAUUUCUAUUUGCACUGUGCCUUUCAACUCUAGAAACAUUCUGAAGAUGUACUUGGAUUUAAUUAAAAAGUUCAUUUUGUAAGAA